AUGAGCUUCGAUAUUGCUAGUGGACUGUACGAAAAUAAACCAAGGAGAAAGAAAACUCAACGUAAAUAUAUUUAUGACAGACAACGGGAGGAAGAAACGAUCAGAAAUGCCAUGAAUCGUGGUUACUUGCGGCGAAUGACCGUUGAAUUUUUGAACGAUAAUGUAGGCUUAGAUGAUUGUGAUUUGCCGGUUGUUGGGUAUUUAAAUGUGACCUCGCAGCAGCUCAGUUCUCUGGGCGCAUUAGAGAUGUGUGUUAGUCUAAGAAUAUGUAUUUUACCUGGGAAUUAUAUCACUGAAUUUGACGCUUUAGCAGGCUGUGUCAAUCUGUGGGCCUUAGAUCUGCAUGGAAAUCAGGUAUGGGUUCUGUUUAGUGUUGUGGGAAGGCUUGAGGGAGAGUUCCAAUCCUUGAAUUACUGAAUUUGAUGUCUAUUGGUAAAAGGGCCUAUUGGUAGACUUUCUGGAAAAAUAAACUUGAUCCAGGUGGAUUUUUGGUGUUUUUUAUUUGAUCUUUGGUGUUAUUUGAAUGAUACAUGAAAAAUGUUUUACUAUUAUUUCUCUCUCCUCAGGACAACAGAAACCUCCUUCCUAGGAGGGCAAGAGGAGGGGGAGGGUUGAAUUUUUUUGAAUGCUUUAGAUUGAUAGGGAUACAACUACCUGAAAAGUACAAGGAGAACUUCGACAUUUUUCAGCGAAGGCCCUUGGUCGAGAAGUUAGUAACCUGAUUAAGUGCCUUUGCAAACAUCAAAAUUCUCCUUGUAUUUGUCAGGCAGUUGAAUUCCUUUCAGUCCGAAGCUUUCUUAUUAUUGCCACUACCAACACUGACACAGAGCGUGUUCAAGAAAUCAACCAAGCCAAUGCUGGCUACUUGCUAUAGAGUAUCACAUAUUCUAUGUGUACAAAUCUUUCAGAUCAAAAAGGUGCCAGGACACACAUUUUGGAGUGCUUUAAACCAACUUCAGAUUGCGCUGCUUCAUGACAAUGGUAUUUCAAAACUUGAGACGAUCCACCACCUAAGUUCCUCGCCCUCCCUUGUUCUCCUCACGUUGUACGACACCCCCCUGAGUUUAAAGAAAAACUAUCGGCAUCAUGUUGUCAAUGGCGUGUGGUCAUUGAAAGCACUGGACUGCCAUGUUGUCUCGGACGAGGAAAUUAUCGAGGAUUCUAAGAUGCCUGGGCAAUUUGCGGCACUGAACAAGAAUUUUAAAGUUGAUCUGACUCACACUUUGACAAAGGUAGAUUUUUAACUAUCAUUCACAAAAUAAGCAAUACAAGUAUUUUGUUAUAUGGCAAGGCAAUCCAUCUGCAAAAUGCAGCAUUUUGAUUCGUCCCCUCAAGGCAUAUUUUAACAUACAUACUGGGGGGGGCAUUUGGCCCUGCGUGUGCCACUAGUUAGUGGCUCAGACUGGGCCCUAACUUUACCCUAAGUGACCUAAAUUGUACUCAGGGGAGCCCACACUGGGCCCUAAUCUUGGUUUUGCCCCCCCCUCCCCCCCCACUGUAAAACAUUUAAAAUAUGCACUGGAUGCCCUCGUCUCAUUUUGUGACAGGAAUCUUCGUUGGAAGAAGCUGUCAAACAAAUAGAAAAGUUAAAAGGAAAGGUGAACAGGAUUCAAGCGAAAUACUGUCCAGUUCUGUUGAUCCAAAAGACUUUUAGAAUGUUCGCCAUUCGGAAGAGAUACAAGUACCUCUUGGCUACGAGAGUUUGGUAAGUUAGUGAAGACUAGUUUAUUAUCAGCGUGAAAGAUCAUAGCCUAUCUAAGGGAAGAUGACUAUGAAACUUAUUAGAAUAACAAUAUUAACUCAUUAUCUAUGUUAGUCAACGUUUAUUCAUAAAUCUGGUCCUUCGCCAUCACGCGUGUAUCGUAUUUUUGCCCAACUAACCAAUAACAAUGUUUUAGGAAAGUCACCUAUCCGUAACUCGAACAAUAGGGAAAUUGGAAAUUGCUUUUGGUGGAUUUGGCAAAAAUACAAUACACACGUGACGGUGAAGGACCAGAUUUAUGAAUAAACGUUGACCAACACAGAUAAUGAGUUAUAUUGAUAUUCUAAUGAGUUUCACAGCCAUCUAGUUAUCACAAGUUCGCUUCAUCAAUUUUCGUUCUCUAAUUUCAAGUAUCUUUUAUUUCAUAGGGCGGCGACGUCGAUUCAAAGAUUCUACCGUUUUCACAAAGGCAUAACGCAAUCGCUAGAAGAAGUGAUACCACCGCCAACGUCACCGUUCAUUCCCCCCGACUGCAAUGCUAACUUGAGUUCCUAUGACAGUCAUACACACGGAGAAUCUGAAGACGAUUCCGGGGGGAUGGAGCAGUACGACAGUAAUUCCUCACGCAGAACUAGAGAGAGCAGUGUAUAUGUACCUGGCAUGAAUUACAUUUCCGUCGGAAACGUUGGGAGUCUACAUGAAGGGGGGUCGUCGGGCUCGGCAGGACAGAGUAAGACUCCGACAGAUUUGAGCAAGAUUUCUACAGAUUUGAGUAAGGCUACAGACAGGAGUAAGAUUUCUACAGACACAGUUGUACGGAGUAAAGGAGAAUUGGGUGAUCUUAACUAUAGGUCCCGGAGUAACCUAAACGUUGGCGAAGCAAACUCGCGCGAACAAAGUUUCGAAAGACAGAAGAAAGUGACACGACGGAUGACCAUUGACUUGGUUAAACUGGAGUCCUCCGCUGUUGGUACCAUUGAAAGCGCUACCUGUGAGGUCACCGUCGAUAGUGCACUGGGACUAGGUAGGUAGAGUUUCCUCCACUUAUUUCUUCUGGGUGGUUAUGAAAGAGCUCAAAACUGAUACAAACACAGUCUUUAAUCCAGUCACCCUCGGCAGAUAAUGGACGUGUACAAGAAUAUAAAACGAACAUCAGAAAGACAAUGUUUCCUGGUUUAUCCACCUUCAGGACACAUGGCUAGAAAACAAUGUUCUGGUCUGUCCACCUUCGGGAAACGUUAGGAAACAAUGUUUCCUAGUUUUUCCACCUUUGGGAACCAUGGCUGGGAAAAAAGUUUCCUGAUUUGUCUACUUUCAAGACACAUGGCUAGGAAACAAUGUUUCUUGGCUUUUCCACCUCCAGGAAACAUGGCUAGGAAACAAUGUUUUCUGGUUUAUCCACCUUUAGGAAACAUGGUUGGGAAACAAUUUUUCCUGGUUUUUCAAGGCUUGAGCUAUACGUUCAAUAAUAUUUAUAUAUAUAAUAUCUUUUUAGAUAAGAAAUCAAAAUCGCCAAAAGACUCGAAAAGUAAGAUUAACGUGAAUAUAAACGAGGAAGACAUGAUUUUGGUUGAGCAAAGAAAAAGAGAAAGUAGCGAGCACGAUGACGCACUGUAUAAACGUCGUUUAAAGCCGGAAAUGGUCGGAAAGUACAGGACGGUUCGAGUAUUCCUUGGAGACGUUGUUGAACCCAAAACGAAACGGGAGGUCGUCACGAACAGUGACGAGGAUGAAGCGAUUGGUUUCCGGCUACAAGGCGAAGAGCCACCGAAGCAAAAGAACGAACCAAUUGCCGAGAUGUUACUUUCGAAAAAGGAGAUGGGCGAGGACGUACGAAGAUCACUUCGGCAGUUCCGUCGGAAACAACCGGACAAACGCAAGGUGUCGGGUGGAGGUACGAAACUGACCAAUGAUCAGAAGUUGUUUUUACGCACGCAUGGUACCAUGGGAUUGGCGUGUCUCCGAGCCGUGCAUCAAGCUUACGGGAACCGGGCUCGAGCUCAGAAGCAAACUGCGUUGAAUGAUAGAGUGUCUGGGAUGAAGGAAUGUCGAGAGUUGGGGAUUGAGAGACUGCAGGUGAAUUUAAUUUUAAUUUAAUAGCUUAGUCCCUGUACAAAUAUCAACUAUCAGUACUUGGCAGGGAAUCCACAACAGCGCAAGCCAAUUACUGCGGCCCCUUUAACAACAAACAUAAUGAUAAUAUAGGAACAAGUUGUUUCCUUGUCCUCAGAGGCAAGUUGUAAGAUACUAUUUCGACACUAAACCAACUUUUAAACUCCUAAAAUAACGUUCAAACUUUAGAAAGCUUCGAUUUGAUACGGAUACAACUACCUGAAAAAUACAAGGAGAACUUUUCGAACGAACUGUCAACUUCUCCUCUGGGAGGAAACCGGAGCACCCGGAGAAAACCCACAACUUUCGGCAGAGCGUUGAGAGACUCUUUUCACAUGAGUCCGUAUAAUUCUCACACUUAUAAGUAUCGAAAUUUCUGACGUUGACUACACACUGUGCUACCAAUGCUUACUGAAUCUUUACUUUUCCACAGAGUAUGAAACAAGAAUAUCAGGAGAACAUCCUACGAGAACGUAUUCGAGAUGGCGUGAGAAUCGCAGACACGUUGCGUGAGAACGAAGUGAAGCAAAACGAAGAGCGUCGGAAGGUUUCGGAACGCCGAACGGCAGCGAUGGUCGAAGAUCGCAUACGUCAGUCUCAUUUGGCAUUCGCGCGCGACUUUGCCUGUCAACAGAACUCCGUGUCACAGGCGUUACGAAAUCACGACCGCGCCGAGGCGAAAAAAGAAAAACAGAAAAAGAUGGCGGAAGCGGUACGGGUUGAGAGGGAGAGUAAUUUGGAGAAACAGGCGUUAGUUAAGAAAUAUAUGGAACAUCGGAGGUUGAUGAGUCAAGCAGAAGUAAGCUUUCAUUCUAUAAACCAUAUUGUAGCCUGCUCGCAGCCUGUUUCGAAAUUCAGCAAUUUCGACAUGUCCCGCUUUCGAAAUUUCGGACCAAGAGCAGGCUAACCUUAGUGUACCGAUAAGGAUGAGUAGUGCAAUGAUGUGGAUACAGUUACCUGGAAAAUACAAGGAGAACUUCGACGUUUUGAACGAGGGAGCCUACUAAACCCCGACGAAGGGCCUUCGCUCAAAACGUCGAAAUUCUCCUUGUAUUUUUCAGGGAGUUGUAUCCCUAUCAAUCCUAGCCUCCUCCGCAGGCAACUCUUGAAACACCAUAAAUAAAUUCAGUUGGGAGAUACUUGAGGGAUACGGAAAAAAUUGGGGAAGGCUCCUCGCCUCGCCUUUUCUCCAAUUUUCCUUCUUUAUCCCUCAACUAUCCCUUAACUAUCAAAUCAACUAUCCCUCAUUACACACAGUGGCGAAGCCAGCCCAACCAUUGGUCAUGCUCUGCAAAUAUUUCCGUGUUCAUAGACCGUGAAAACAAUCAAUUUCUAAAGAAAUGAAUAAUGAUGAUGUUUGCUGCUGAAAAGUUUGCUUGGCCACGGUGGGAAUCGAACCCGCGACCUUUGGGAUACUAGUCUACGAAUAAUGAUAUUUAAAAUUUGCAUAGCAUGACCAACUUGUCGGGCUGGCUUCGCCACUGCUUACACCAGCACAGACUGCUACUGUGGGUCGAGGCUAGGAGGGAUUUACAUAGGUUGGGUAAUGUUGCGCAUGUACGAUGCACCUGAACGUAUUAAUGUACAAUAUUUUCACAUUGAUGUUUCAGAUGUCCAAAGCCAGAGCCGAAAUCAACACUAGAUUACUGGACGAAGCAAACAAACAAUUUAUGGAGUUUGAGGCGAGCAUGAAGCGUGCCAAAACGAGGCAAUCUAAAGCCGCCGAGUUUUGUCCUCUACCUCCAUUGAAUGCACCCAACCUGGACACUCCCUUGGCUGUUCUUAGCCCUGCCAUGGUUAACCAAUGGGAAGAAUGCUUACAGCGGGAUGGCCGACAUUUUGAUGACGUGUUUUCUAUAAGCAGUUCUGAGAAUGUUUGCUAA